AUGACGUAAAUUAUUAAAAUAUUUUUUUUUUUAAAAUAAAAAAAAAAAUAGAAAAGAAGAGUUUUAAAAAGACAAUGUAUAAACGCAGCAUUUAGAUAUGAUUUUAAAAUAGAAGAAAACUACAAUGAAAUUCCUAAAAAAAAAGCAUAUUUAGAUAUAAAAUUUAUAAUUUAAUGUUUAAAGAAUCAUUUUGUUUUUUAUAAUUUAAAAAAUGAUUAAUUGGAAGCUUUAGUAAAUUAAAUGUUCUAUUGUUAAUUAUCUAAAGAAGAAUAUAUAAUUAAAGAAGAUACAAAUGCUACUUCUUUUUUUAUUUUAGAAAAAGGUUAAAUUUAAGUUUCUGUCAAAAACAAAGUUAAAAAACAAUUCUUCCAGGCUAGGGUUUUGGUGAAUUAGCACUUUUAUAUAACGCGCCCAGAAGCGCAUCUUGUAAAGCUUUAGAAGAAUGCUUUUUUAUGGGGAAUUAAUAGAAAUACUUUUAGAAGUAUGGUCGAAGAAAUGAUUACUAAAGAAUAUUAAACUAAUCGUUAAUUUAUUGAUAAUCAUAAAUUUUUUCAGAAAUUUACUUACGAACAAAAGAAUUUAAUUGCUGAGGUUUUAAUUGAUUAGAAAUUUUUAAAAGAUUAGACUAUUGUAAAUGAAAAUGAUAAUGCUUCUUCUUUCUAUAUAAUAAAAGAAGGUUAAGUUUCUUGUUUAAAAGAUAAUAAAGAGGUCCGAAUACUAUAAUAAGGCGAUUCUUUUGGAGAAAAAGGACUAUUACAUGGAGAUUAGAAGCGUACUAUGAGUAUAAAAGCGAAAACUGAUGUAAAAUGUCUAGCAUUGGCGAGAGAUGAUUUGACGAGAAUUCUUGGGGAUAAAGUAGAUAAGAUUAUUUAUAAGAAUCUAGCUAGAUGGAGUUUAGAAUAGACUCGUGAGUUUUAGAUUUUAUAGAAAAAUCAAUAGAAUUUAUUGAUUGAUUGUUUAGAGUUUUUCUGUUUUUAGAAAAAAUAAGGUGUAGUAAUUAAAAAGGGAUGUUUUUGGAAAGAUUAUAUCAUAAUAGUGAUUGAAGGGAAUAUUUUUUAUUAAGGAAAAUAGACUUUUUUAGGUAAAUAACGGCAUGUUUUAGGUAUUUAAGAGGUUUUUUAAUAAAACUAAAUAAGAAAUUUCGAAGAAGACGUAUUGGCUGAUUAAAACUCAAUAAUAGGAUUGAUUAAAAGGGAUGAUUUAGAGAGUUUUUUUGGAGAUUUAUAAAAAUUAAUUAAUAAUAAUUAAAUAUAAGGGGAAAAACAAUAAAUAGAACAUGAUCAUUUAUAAUAGAAAGUUAAUAAGAUGUAAUUAUAGGAUUUAAUUAUUUUAAAAAAACUAGGUUAAGGAUAAUUUGGUUGUGUUUAUUUGUGUAAAGAAAAGACUAAUAGCACACUUUAUGCUUUAAAAUGUAUUUCUAAACAAAUGGUAGCUGAAUAAAUGUUAGAAUAGCACAUAAUAAAUGAGAAAAAAGUAAUGGAUUUUUCUAAUUUUAUAUUUAUUAUGAAAUUUUUGAGAUCUUUUAAAGAUGAGAGAUGUAUAUAUUUUUUACUUGAAUUUAUUUAAGGGAUGGAAUUAUUUGAUGUUAUUAGAGAAAUAGACUUAUUAAGUUCUUAAGAUUCUAUGUUUUAUGUUUCUUAGAUGAUUUUAGGUUUGGAAUAUUUACAUUAGAAUAAUAUUAUAUAUAGAGAUAUUAAACCUGAAAAUAUUAUGGUUGAUAAUAAAGGAUAUUUGAAAAUUAUAGAUAUGGGAACUGCUAAAAUUAUGAAAAAUAAAAAUUCUUAAAUUAUUAAUAAAACUUUUACAAUAAUAGGUACACCACAUUAUAUGGCACCCGAAAUUAUUUAAGGAAAAGGAUAUGGAUUUUAUGUAGAUAUUUGGUCAGUGGGAAUAUGUCUUUAUGAGUUUAUGUGUGGAGGAGUACCUUUUGCGGAAGAUGUGGAAGAUCCAUAUGAAAUUUAUGAGUAAAUUAUUAAAAGUAGUGUAACAUUUCCUAGUUUUGUGUAAGAUUAAAAUGCUAUAAGUUUCAUUACAUAGGUUUUAUCGAAAGUACCCGAAAAUAGACUCGGAGGGUCUUUUUAGAGUCUUAAAAAUCAUGUUUGGUUUGAAAAUUUUGAAUGGGUAUUUGAUUAUGCCAAAUUUGAUUUAUAAAAAAAUAAAAUGAAACUGAAAGUAUAAGUUGAAGAUUUAAAAUUAACAAUAAACGUAGGUUAAGCAUUAAAUGAUUUCACUUGGUUAGCAUUAACAGCGGCAAAACUUUAUGGUAAAACCAAAUAUCCAGCCGGAAAUUACCUUCCUGUAUUAUUAAAAUUAAAACUAUACGACUUUGUUCCUCAUCCAUAAUCAAAAAUAUGUCAUUUUUUUAAAGAGCAAGAAGAAACUGAAGAUUCGUAAAUUUAUGUAGAAUUAUAAAAACCUAAUAUGAUAUAAACUGAGGAACAUAAAAAAUGGUUUGAAUAAGGAUUUGGAAAAGAUAGGAAUAAAAUGUUGGUUAGUUUUACUUUUUUUAAAGAAAAAGAAAAAGACAAAAGAAAAGAUUUAAAGUUUUCUUAUUAAGUUUCAAUUAAAUAUUAGAUGUUUAAAGAACUUAAAUAAUUUGAAUUUAAUUCUGCUGAUUAUAAAAAUUAAUUUGUUUUAUAAUUAUAAGAAUAAGAGUAAAUAUAAUGUCAUAUAUAUAGUCAUGAAAUUUAAUUACCUUUUGGAGAUAUUUCAUAUAUUCUAGAAUAGGUAGUAAAAGAUGAAAAAACUGAUGAAUAGAAGAUUAUUUAAAUUAAUAAUAAUCCCAAUUUUAAAGUAGAUAUUAAUCCAAUGGUAAUAUCUUAAGAAGAAGUGUUAAAAAAAAUCAAAGAAGGGAUGAAAAUUCCUGAACAUUUAUCACAAUAAUUAUAAUAAUAAGAAGCUGAAAUAAAAAAAGAAAACUCAUCAGGAAGUUUCUGUCCUUUUACAUAUGAAACUUUAUGGGCUGUUAUUGAAAAUAAUCCUAAGGCUGAAUAAUUUUUAGAAUUUUAAAGCAAUAUUAAAUCUAAAAUAAGUUCAAGUUUAAGUGAAAAUAUGAACAAAUUAUAUGAAAUUUUUUUUUAAUAUUCAAUGCUUUAUAUAUAAUAAACUGAUAAAAAAGAUGAAAUUGCAAUUCCUUUAUAGGAUGUUAUGCAUUUUUUGAAGUUUUAUGAAAUAAUGAAAGAUUCUUAAAAUGUUUUUUCUUUUCUUGAAUUUUAUGGGAUGGAAGAUAAAAGAGUUAAUACUGUUAGUGCUACUUUAGAUAUAAAAUAUGGAAUUAAAUUUCCAGAAUUUGUUUUUAUUAUUUUAAAAGCAACUGAAUAUUUGUAAACUAUAAAUUUAAUGAGUGAUGGUGAAAGUUUUGAUAUGAGUUUGGGUAAAAUUGUAAAAAAAAUAGUUAAUAUAGAUAAUAAUGAAGAUGAAUUAAGCGAAUUUUAAAAGCAUAUGAAAUUCGAUAUUAUAUUAAUGAAUUUUAUUCGUGAAAAUUCUGAUACUUUAAUUUAAAUUUUUAGUGAUAAAUUAUCCGAAUCUGUUUAAAUAGCAGAUAGAAAAUACCAUAUGUUAAAAGAAUAAGUAAAAAACUUGAUUUCUGAAGCCGGAUUUAAAGGAGAAAAUGUAGAAGAAAUCGUUAAUACAUGCUUUAUGGAAUUAUUAGCUGAAGAUAAAUUUUUAGGAUUCGAAGGAAUUUUCUAUUAUGAAUUUUUAUAAGUUAUGUAAUGGUUGAGUCUAGUUUUAAUUGCUGUAGGUGAUGAAGAUAGAGAAUUCGGAGAUGAAAAUGGACUAUAAUAAUAGGAAUAAGAAUAGGAAGAGGGGGUUGAUAUAUUAAUAGAAAAGUUUAGAUAUGCAUUUGCAGCUGUAAAAAAUUCAGGAUUAACCACAGUAGGAGUAAGAGGAAAUGAUUCAGUCGCAAUUGUAACUGAAAAGCGUGUUUAAGAUAAAUUUAUUGAUGACACGUCAGUGACUAAUAUUUCUAAAUAAGUGAUCGUAUUGGAGCAGUUACAACAGGAAUUUAUCCUGAUGCGAAAGCUAUUGUAACAAGAUUAAGAUCAGAAGCUGCUGAAUAUAAAUUAAAAAAUGGACACUAUAUUCCUGUAGAUUAAUUAUCUUUAAGAUUAGCUGAUAUUGCUUAAGUUUAUACAUAAAAAGCUAUGAUGAGACCUUAUGGUGUUGAAACUAUUCUUUGUGCUAUUGAUGAUGAAUUAGGACCUAGAUUAUAUAAAAAUGAUCCUUCAGGAUUUUAUUGUGGUUAUAAAGCUUGUGCUGCUGGAGUUAAAGAAAUGGAAUCUGUUUGUUAUUUAGAAAAAUAAUUAAAAAAAUAAAAAGAUUUAGAUUUUAAUUAAACUGUUUAAUUAGCUAUUUCAACACUUUAAAAUGUUUUAUCUAGUGAUUUUAAACCAACUGAUAUUGAAAUCGGAGUCGUAAGUGCUAGAAAUCCUAAAUUUAGAAAAUUAACAGUUUAGGAAAUUGAAGAACAUUUAAAUUCUAUUACAAAUAGAGAUUGAUUUGUUUUAAUUUUAUAGCAUUCUAAUGAAAAAAUUAUUUGUUGUUGUUUUUUUUUUACAUAUAUAUAUUUAUUAUAUAGAAAUAAUAUAAAUAUAUAUUUUUUAAAAAAAUUAAUCAAAAAUAAAUUUAUUAGAUUAU